AUGGCCUCUAAAGGCAGAAAUGGACCUACCCGGCCCCAUGUCGCGGUUCCUCGAGCCGUUUUGCUCACGAAGGAGGACUUGGAGAACUUCCAGAACAACGCCCUAUCACGGGAUUCGAUCAGCUCUGUGUUGCCGUUUGGGCCUGCUCGACAAUUGUCCGCAGCUCCUGUCGUGUCAGCUCCCUCUUCUGCGGCUGCCAAAGGAUCUGCAGCUUCGGGCCAGUCUGGUUGGCCCCCGCCUCCAAGGAGGAGAACGAGGUCUGCUUCGGCUCGCCGCGGAGCGAACCUGGACAUGUCGCCUGUGAUUCCGACCGGCCUUCCGUGCGCAACGGAAGCAACACCUGCCAACAACAUGGUCUUUUACGGUGCGUCCGCAGCGCCAAGUUGCCGAGAAGCGGCCUUGGCUGCAGCGAAACAGAGCUUGGCGAAGCCUUCACGGGUGGUGCGGGCCAAGACGCUUUCCCGCAUGGAUCGCAUCAGCCCGGAGCCUUCAGCAGCUGCGGGAGGUGAUACCGAACUGGUGCUACAAGGCCACGACCCUCGAAGGAUAUUGAACAACGGGGGCAUCCGCCAAGCAAUCCCCGAGGUCUCCCCAACGGCCGCAGAUUCGAGCCCAGACGCUGUUGCUCCCAGCAUUGGCGCCUUUCUUGGCUGGACUCCUCUGCUCGUCAGCGGGCAUGCAGCUGCAAGCCCUUUCUGCCCUCCAGAGAGCUCUGAAGCUCCAUGGGAGGAGGAAGAAUGGUCUGCCAGCGAGGCAGAAGGCAGUGAAGCGGAGUUCGACUAUCGCCAAUACAGGUAUCGGGAGGUGGUGGCUCGCAGGACUGAGAACGCACCAGACGUCGGGGUGCGACGAAAGGUUCGACGGGGGCACCGUUCCGCCAAUACAGAGAUGGCAAAUUCGGAUGAUGAUGCGGUGGAUGCAUGGAAUGUUCAUUCCAACAAUCAGCCAGAAGAGGCUUGUCUUCUCGCGCCCUCCAGCCGGCUGCUUGCAGAUAGUGAGAACUAUUUGGAUGCACCUUGUGACGAGGAGCUGUCAAAAGUUGCCGGUGUUUUAGUUCAGUUUUACGGCCUCGGCAAGGAGGCCAUCAAGUUCAAAGGAGCUAUUCCCAACGUGCUCCUUGUGUCGAAGGAAGCUUGGAGUUGCAGGGGCCGCAGAGACAGCCAGGCAGAGGAACCACCGGUUCUUUGGAUCAGAGGUGGACGAGUGUAUGACUUCCAUGGUGACCGUGGCACCGUUGCAGAAUUUGAGCACGAUCUUCUUGUGCGUCAGGUGGAGGAUGAUGCAAUUUGCCGCCAAAGGCGGCAGAAGCAAGGGCUCAUGCCCUUUCCGUUUGCGGCCUUGCCCCUCAAAGACAAGGCUAGUGACGAGCAAGACGAUGCAGAGGCUGUCGCUGUUCGUGAUGUCCGAAGGCGGAUAUAA